GGGGGACGUCUCGCCAGGUGAGCUCUGAAGGGGGGGACGUCUCGUAGGUGAGCUCUGAAGGGGGGGGGGACGUCUCGCCAGGUGAGCUCGGGACGCGGCGUCUCGCCGGCUCCGGGUGGGAGCUGCGAGCUGAGAGCUGCGGACUGGCGACUCAAACGCGACGGGUGAAACCACCCCCCCCCCUACCGAACCCAUUCAACGGGGUUCGAGACCCCCUUUCCCCCCUCUCUAGGGGUCCCCCCUACCCUCCCCGUGCUCCCUUUCCCCAAAGUCGCUUUCUCGACAGUCCCCUCACCACAGGGUCCCCUAAUCAGGGCGCCCCUUUAUCUGGUGUCGCCCUAGGCUCGAAUCACAUUGUCCUGGGGUCCUCAGAACUCCUGAUAUCGAGGUCCCCCCCCUCGCCCCGAAGACUCCCCGCUCGCCUCUCGGGGUUCUCUCCCCCCACAAAGGGGGGCAUCUCCCCCCCCGCUCGGUCGGGGUCUCCAUUUGCUUUCUGUGAUCUCCCCUCUCUCCCCAUCCAUUCCCAUCCAUCAGGAACUUCAACGUCCCUCGGCAUCGCUUGAAGUCGCGUGAGCCCUUUUGGACCCGUGCGCUUCACCUUAAGUAAUACAAAUUGAACCCCGAUGAAGCUUGGAGACCUGAAUGGAGUUCAAAGGAACUCGCACACAAACACCGCCUUGUGAAAGACCCAACACAAGAUACCCCUGGCUUUGACCUUCCACGAAGCUCAUGCUCCAUCCUAAAUCGUAUCCGCUGCAUAACCCAUGGCAGAGGUUUUCAUGGAGGAGCAGUCGGCACCAGGCGAGUGGCGGUGCCCGGGAGGCGUGUUCACGAAGCGCGAGAUCACGCCGGGGCGCGGGCUCCGGAGGCCGCGCGACGGCGCGCGCUGCCUCGUCAGAUUUAGCCUCGCGACGGGGGCGGCCGCGGGCUCCGUCAACCCCAACGAUCGAGGCUCCCGGUCCGCCUCCACCAGCCCUAAUCCCGGCUCCACAAACUCUGAUACCAACCCGAGCGUCGCAGACCUCAGCUCCACAGACCCCGAGCCGAGCUCCAGUCCCGGCUCCGCCAGCUGCAGCCUCAACCCUGGCUCGACCGAUAAAGUGACCGGUUCCGUCUCCAUCAAGCCCAACCCUCAACCCAGCGCCUCCGACGCCGACCCGAGCUCCGGUCUCGACUCCACGGCCCCCGGCCCCGGGAGCCCGUGCCCAUCGUUCCCGUUCGCGCUGGACGUGUGGCUCGAGGUGACCGUGGGCGAGGGCGACACGGACGCGGUCGACGCGGUCGACUGGUGCCUGGAGACGAUGCGGCGCGGCGAAGUCUGCGAGCUCCGGCUCCGCCUUGCGCCGCCGCCGCUUCGAGUGGAGCUGCGCGGGUUCACGCGCGAGCCCGAGUGGUGGCAGAUGGACGCGGAGGCGCGCUGGGCCCGCGCGCUCCACCACAAGGAGCGCGGCGCCGCCCGCUUCUCGGAGGGCUCGACGCGCGCCGCCGCGUGGCGAUACGCCAAGGCGCUGCGCCUUCUCCUCCCGCUGCGGCCCCCGCGCCUGCCCGCCGACCGCUUCCGGCCGCUGGCGGCCGCCCUCUACGCUAACGCCGCCGCGUGCCAGCUGCGGCUGGGGCAGCCGCGCAACGCCGUGGCGAGCUGCGGCCGGGCCCUGGAGCUCGUGCCGGGCUCGGCCAAGUGGCUUCACCGGCGGGCGACAGCGCUGGCACAACUCGGGGAGCUGGAGGCGGCGCGGUCCGACCUGGAGCUGGCGCUGAGCGCAGAGCCGAGGAACGCGGCGGUGCUUUCCGCCAUGCGGGGGGUGCGCGCGCGCGAGAGGGAGGAGGCGGCCAGGCUGGGCCGCGCACUCAGCAAGAUGUUUGUGUGAAGGUGACCGCACCUUCGAUUAGCAAGGUUGGCUACGUGCGGUGCGAAAGAAAUUCAACACACGUACAAACUUGGUUGUGGGAGGUUAAAGGAAGUUAGCAGGAGUUGAGGCAACUGUGCGGUUAACGGAGGUUGAUGGGAUCCAUAAACUGUGAGGUGAAACAGGCGAGGAAUGACAUGUAGGGUGGAAUGGAUUCUUGUCUGGGUGGUGGCGAAUAUACCAAAAUCAUGAACCAAGGGUUAUACCCAGGGACAGUGUGGGGGUUUGCAGUCCUUGGGACUCGCCAGGAGGGCGUGUGAUUGAGUUUACAAAUCUCUGUAAAUGAACAAAGACCAACAGUUUUUUUGCCCGGGUCCUGUGUCUGUCAGCUUACAGCGGGCUUCGCUGAAAUAAAGGAAUCGAUUGAGAAAUGCU